GUAACAGCCAGCAUCUUGCAGCACAACAGUUACAAGGUGGUGAGCAGAGGAAGGAGAGUGAUUCAGCAUCAGCAAACAUCGGUUAUCGUCCACCUUUGCUUCUUUUUCUUUCCUCAUUGUCUUGUUUUUUAGUAGCCUAUUUAUUUGUUGGACCCAUCUUUAUGAACGGUGUAAAGUAAGCCUUCAGCUAUGGUCACCGCACUGUUUCUCGUCGGGAUGUUUUGAAAAGGACUGUCACCGGACUGGGAUCGUCAUCAGCUGGCACGGAAUGGUAUUUACGAGCAGACAUUUCUUAUACAACUGCAGCCAACCAAUCCUGGAUGUGAAGAUAGCCUUUUGUCAGGUGUGUGUUCCUUACAGGUAAACAAGGGUUUUGGAAAACAAGUGGAUGUGUCAUAUAUCGCCCAACAUUACAACAUGAGCAAAAGCAAAGUGGACAACCAGUUCUACAGUGUGGAAGUGGGAGACUCCACCUUCACAGUUUUAAAACGUUACCAGAAUUUAAAGCCCAUCGGGUCUGGAGCUCAGGGAAUCGUCUGUGCGGGCUACGAUGCUGUCCUGGACAGAAAUGUAGCCAUCAAGAAGCUGAGCAGACCCUUCCAGAACCAGACCCACGCAAAGAGGGCCUACCGGGAGUUGGUGCUCAUGAAAUGUGUCAAUCACAAAAAUAUUAUCAGUUUAUUAAAUGUCUUCACACAACAGAAAUCAUUAGAGGACUUCCAGGAUGUGUACCUAGUGAUGGAGCUGAUGGAUGCCAACUUGUGCCAGGUGAUUCAGAUGGAGCUUGACCACGAGAGAAUGUCCUACCUGCUCUACCAGAUGCUGUGUGGAAUCAAACACCUGCACUCAGCCGGCAUCAUUCACAGGGAUCUCAAACCAAGCAAUAUAGUGGUGAAGUCAGACUGCACCCUGAAGAUCCUGGACUUUGGUUUGGCCAGGACCGCAGGCACCAGCUUCAUGAUGACCCCCUAUGUGGUGACCAGAUACUACAGAGCCCCAGAGGUGAUCCUGGGCAUGGGAUACAAAGAGAACGUGGAUUUAUGGUCGGUGGGGUGCAUUAUGGGAGAAAUGGUGCGCCACAAAAUCCUCUUCCCUGGGCGGGACUACAUCGACCAGUGGAACAAGGUGAUCGAGCAGCUGGGAACACCACAACCAGAGUUCAUGAAGAAGCUCCAGCCCACAGUGAGGAACUACGUCGAGAACCGGCCAAAAUAUGCAGGUCUCACCUUUCCCAAGCUCUUCCCCGACUGCCUUUUCCCUGCUGACUCUGAGAACAACAAACUCAAAGCUAGCCAGGCCAGAGACCUGCUGUCUAAGAUGCUGAUCAUCGACCCCUCUAAAAGGAUAUCCGUGGACGACGCGUUACAGCACCCCUACAUCAACGUGUGGUAUGAUCCAGCCGAGGUGGAGGCGGCCAGAGAUCUCAUCCAAAUAUCCAUGCCUCCACCUCAGAUCUACGACAAGCAGCUGGAUGAAAGAGAACACUCCAUUGAUGAAUGGAAAGAACUCAUUUACAAAGAGGUGAUGAACUUUGAGGAGAGAACGAAGAAUGGCGUUGUGAAGGGACAGCCUUCACCUUCAGGUGCAGCCGUGAACAGCAGCGAGAGCCUCCCCCCCUCCUCCUCCAUCAACGACAUCUCCUCCAUGUCCACCGACCAGACCCUGGCCUCAGACACUGACAGCAGCCUGGAGACCUCUGCAGGACCCCUGGGGUGUUGCAGGUGACUAGCGGCCUGCCUGCGCAACCCCAUGUUCUUCCGCAGGUGAAGGACUCCAAACUGAAAUGACCGACUGAAAAUACAACGACAAAAAAAGAGCAAAGAUCAAAAUGAAUAUGAAAAACAAAACGUAUGGAAAUACAGAAUCUGAAAUGAUGAAAUCUCAAGCCUGUGCAUUGUCAUUCAAAAACAAAGUAUGUUAAUGAUCCUCUAGUUGCUUUGCUUAUAUUACCCCUCAUAUCUUCUAUAUGGCAUCCAAACAAAAUGACCAAAAUGCUUCGACUGUAAAGUGCAUACUGGCUGGCUGCUGGUCUCCCGAUUCCUUACCAAAGCAUUUAUGCUCCAAUCAUUGUGGCAAGGUGGGCUGCCAUUUUGCUCAUCACUACUGUACAAUACAUUCUCCUUCUCCCUUCCCCCCUAUCCAACCCUUAUGUAAUGACACUGCUGUAUUUUAACCUCUAAAGGCCCUCAUCCCCACCCACACUUCCCCCAUGUAAGGUUGCCUGAUUUGUGUGUUUUUAUGUGGUUAUUCUGCAGGGAUAUGUAGUCGCUCUCACCCAGAGUGGCGCUCCCUUGCGCUACUUGUAAAUAAUGUAAUUCUGUACAGCUGAAGGGCACACAGAGUGGGACUGACGGCCAGUACACUGGGAGUUUUUUUCUGACUAGCGCACCUUGCCACAUCACUGCUCUCCACCUCAGUUGCCCCUGCCUAUUGCUGUAGUCCUGCAUGACUAGAUUUAAAACAAUGCUAAUCUCACUGUAUGCUAAAAUGAGUCUGUAUAGAGACUUUUGUUUAUAUACGAUGUAAACUAACUCCAGACAUGGGGGGUCUGGUCACAGGAUAGGAAGAGUGAGUAAGAUUGUGUGUAAGUGUGUGUUUGUUAACCAUAGACAAGCCAUUGAGACAUUAUUAAAUGUCAGGGCUGAGUUUGGGACUUAAAGGGUCAGUACACUCUGGAAUAAAUUAUUUUGAUUGUGUUCAGACUUCUUGAAAUAACCCAUAAGGGGUUUACAAAGUCUGCUUUGUGAGUAAUGAACCUUUUAUUUCUCCUGGAAGUGUAUGAUUGGUCCCUCCACCCCCCCAUGGGAUGCAUGUCAUUGUGUACAGUUAACCCCUCAUGGGCGCUGGAGGUUGGUCUGUUUCACUGUGGUGUCGCCACAUGGAGACUAUUCCUAUUUAUUUGACUGUCUGAAACAGAAAGAGAUACAAAUGAUACAGUAGGUAGUUUAAAGGCGGGCGUCGAGUGUUAACCUUGCAGCAAUGUAUCAUUUUGUUAAGUCAUUUCCCUGCACCUAAAGUAAAACAACUACUAGAUAGAGGCUACCACACAAUUAUGUUGACUACUUUAUUUCUUAAUUAUUUCUAGGAUGUAUUUAUUUAUUUAUUUAUUUUAGAUAGAUGGAACCUGAAUAUGGCAAGUGCCUUUAGGAAUGAAGCAUUGCAAGUACAGAAAUGAUAUUAUUUGGGGUAUUUUUUCCUCUGCUUCUUCUUUUUCUGCCUUAAAAAUCUUAAUCCCUAAACCACCAAAUUGGGUGGAAACUUUUUUUAAAUUAAAAACUCUUUGGACAAAUGUUGGCGCUUUGACCUUGUGUUCUAGCAGUUACUGUGACGUGCUGUGAAAUGUCUUCAGAUUGUAUGGCUUAUGCUGCUAUGCUAAUGCUAGUUUUUACACAACAUUUACUCAAACUGUUUUAAUAAUGAAUUGGUUCUUGACAAUCGGGUUACUGAAAGAAUACAAAGAUGAAGUUUAAGACACUUAAGGUUGCUUUCACGUUUCUAGAACACCAAAACACCAUUGACUUUUAUGAAUAUAACCAUGUUAUUCAGAAAUUAAAUGGCUCAUAUGUCCACUAGUUUAGAAUAAAAGUGAAAUCCCAGUCAUGGCCUUGUUUAGGUGGACAUGUCAGGUAUUGGUUUAAUACGCUUCUUAACAUUUGAUAGUCUAAUUCCAUUCUUGUUCACCUAAAGGACCCUGUCACUGUCUAAAUAUCACCCCCCCCAAAAUGAUAUAGGUUACUUCUAAUGGCUACUUUGUUAACUCUCCUCCUGCCUGUGGCUUGUGUACAGUGAACCACACACAGACUUGCGGUACCUUCACAGAGCUAACAGGGCGACUGAGGGCGGCGUCUCCAGAAUAAGCUAACGCUAGCUCAGCUUUCUGUCAGGGUCUGGCCAGGGCAAUCUUUCAAAAAACAGGGUGAAACUUUUAAAUGUCUUUGUGUUUUGAAAAAUAAUCUCUCACAAAGGGGUCAAAGUGUUUUGAGUCGACUCCUACUGUGCACCACAGAUACUCACAGUACUGUUGUACAAAUACUGAAGCAUAGUUUAUCUUUCUUUCUCUGAAUGUGAUCUUUUUUAUAAGACAUCCCUCCAGACAAUUCUGUUGUGAUAUUAAGGUGCUUUUGGGCCUGAAAUAGAGUUGAUUCUAACAGCUGGGUUUGUCAACACUGAAUGUAGAAACUGUUUCACUCACGUCAUUGCUGCUCUGCUUUGUCAUCAGUGUGUGUGUGUGUGUGUGUGUGUGUGUGUGUGUGUGUGUGUGUGUGUGUGUGUGUGUGUGUGUGUGUGUGUGUGUGUGUGUGUGUGUGUGUGUGUGUGUGUGUGUGUGUGUGUGUGUGUAUGUAUGUGUGUGUGUGUGUGUGUGUGUGUGUGUGUGUGAUUUCAAAUUAACCAGCAUUCAACACUAACUGUCUGUAAGGUUGAAAUGGGAGAUGUGAUAUGACAUCUGGACGGAUUAUUUCACAGUUCACGUUUUCACUUUUUUCGUUCAAUAGGGUUUUGAGGAUUGCUUUCAAAGAAUGUCGAUGGAGAGUCGGUACUGGUGUGUGUUUGGAAGUAAUUCAUGUGUGUAUUCACGUUAAGUCACAAAGUUUAGAAGUUAGAAAUAUGUCAACCACCCAUCCUGCUUCCAAAUCUGGUCACAAGGGGCUUUCAAUGAUAUAUAAUGGAUUCAGGAUUAGCCAAAUGUAUCCCCAUUUAUUUGUACUAAAGAUGGCUGUCUGUCAAUCAGCCAUUAAUAUUAUUGCCAAAUUUUAGUCACAAAGUAGAAUACAUCUUGUACUCAGCUGUGCCAACAUUAAAUCUUUGGACCAAGUACUUGUGACCCCCAUCUUUUUAGUUUUCACCUCUUUCUUUCAAGUCAUAUUGUAAAUAACAAUUAUCCAACAAUGCAAUAAACACUAUUGCACUCAGACAGGGAGGUACUGAAGGGUCGGGUGAUGCUAAAAUGUUUGGAAUCUUUAAAUGUGAAACUCUACGAUGAUGAAACCCUGUAAAGCUCAUCUGAAUCAGGUGACGUUGUUCUUAAAUUCUUUUACGAUUCCUUCUCUCUUGUUUCUUUUACUCCGUGCUGUUUUAAUGAAACAUUCUUUUGACAUUGUCAGGUUGAAAAAAAAAAGAAAUUGUAUCCGUUUCACGCUGAUCUCAAAGCUUCAGGCUAUAGCAUUUCAAAUAAAGUCAAAACAAAUGCAAAAGAAAAAUAAAAAAAAUAACUGAAAGCUGUUACUGUAAACACAACAUUUUAAAGGAACUGUGUAUGUAAAAAUAGUAUAUGUAUGUGAUUGAAAAUAAACAAAAUAUUUGAUCUUGGAAAA